UCCUAUGGCUGUGGCCUUUGGACAUAAAGCUACUCGCUUCCGCGUUCUCCCACUCUCUCUACUCUCUCUCUCUCGUCCUUUCUAUAUCUCUCAUUGUCUGAGUCUUCCCUGUCACGGAUCUUGAGCCACAGUCAAGAACACAAAAAGAACAGACUCUUAAAACCCAAAAGAACAAAUUUUUUGCAGCAAAGAAAUGGCUAAUCUUUUCUUGUUCAUUACUAGAUCUUUCUUCAAGCUAAGUUCUUUUAGCAUUUUGCUUCUCUUUUUGCUUUCUUUCUCAAGUUUAACUACAACAGCCUAUGAUCCUCUGGACCCAAAUGGAAAUAUCACAAUCAAAUGGGAUAUCAUGAGCUGGACUCCUGAUGGCUAUGUUGCAGUUGUCACAAUCUAUAACUUCCAGCAAUACCGUCAUAUUCAAUCACCAGGGUGGACAUUAGGAUGGAAAUGGGCUAAGAAGGAGGUGAUUUGGGGCAUGAUGGGAGGGCAAACAACUGAACAAGGGGAUUGUUCAAGAUUCAAAGGGAACAUUCCACAUUGCUGUAAGAAGGACCCAACAGUUGUGGAUUUAUUGCCUGGAACUCCUUACAAUCAGCAGAUUGCAAAUUGCUGUAAAGGGGGAGUGUUAAACUCAUGGGUGCAAGAUCCAGCCGCUGCAGCAAGCUCAUUCCAGGUGAGUGUAGGUCAAGCCGGAACCACAAAUAAGACAGUUAGAGUGCCCAAGAACUUCACUUUGAAGGCACCAGGGCCUGGUUAUACUUGUGGACCGGCAAAAAUUGUGAAACCCAGUAGAUUCGUUAGUCCGGACAAAAGAAGAGUCACACAAGCUUUGAUGACAUGGAAUGUUACAUGCACAUAUUCACAAUUCCUAGCUCAGAAAACACCCACUUGUUGUGUCUCUCUGUCGUCCUUCUAUAAUGACACCAUAGUACCUUGCCCUCAAUGUUCUUGUGGCUGCCAAAAUACUUCUCAGCCAGGGAGCUGUUUAGAUCCAGAAACUCCACAUAUAGCUUCGGUUAUUCCAAGUACAGGGAAAAACAGCUAUACACCUUUGGUCCAAUGUACAAGCCAUAUGUGUCCAGUCAGAAUUCAUUGGCAUGUGAAGCUUAACUACAAGGAGUACUGGCGGGUUAAGAUCUCAAUUACUAAUUUCAAUUACAACAUGAACUAUACACUGUGGAACUUAGUUGUGCAACAUCCCAACUUUGACAAUCUGACUCAGAUUUUCAGCUUUAACUAUAAGUCUAUAACUCCAUAUGCUGCAAUAAAUGAUACUGCAAUGUUAUGGGGUGUUAAAUUCUACAAUGAUUUGCUUUCGCAAGCUGGUCCGCUUGGUAAUGUGCAGUCAGAGCUACUUUUCCGAAAGGAUAAAUCAACUUUUACUUUUGAGAAGGGUUGGGCUUUCCCUAGAAGAAUUUACUUCAAUGGAGAUAUUUGUGUUAUGCCUCCUCCUGAUGCCUAUCCUUGGUUGCCUAAUGCAAGUUCCCACCAGUUUAUCUCCACACUUAGUCUGUUGAUGACUCUCCUAUCAGCAAUUGCAUUUUUAUUCGGAUAUGCAUAAACUUCAAUCAUUGUUUUACUGCAAAAUCUGGUUUGCUACCAUUUUUGACUAAAUCAGUUCAACUCUAGAACACAUAACUGGCACAACAAGAAGUUCCCCUGUUUGUUGUAAUGAAGUUCAGCAUGUCAAGUGAGUCAGGUUGCGGUGGUUU